AUGGAUCCGCAGCCCCCGCCACCCGCCCAGGGCAGCCCGCCUCACCGCGGCCGGGGGGGCCGGGGCCGGGGCCGGGGCGGCCGGGGCCGUGGCCGGGGCCGAGGCCGGGGUGCCCGGGGGGCCGCCGGCGCCCCCCGCGCGCCCCUGCCCUGCCCGACGUGCGGCCGCCUCUUCCGCUUCCCCUACUACCUCUCGCGCCACUGGCUGAGCCACUCGGGGCUGCGGCCGCACGCCUGCCCGCUGUGCCCCAAGGCCUUCCGCCGGCCCGCGCACCUCGCCCGCCACCUGCGCGGCCACGGCCCGCAGCCGCCGCUGCGCUGCGCCGCCUGCCCCCGCACCUUCCCGGAGCCCGCGCAGCUGCGGCGCCACCUGGCCCAGGAGCACGCGGGCGGCGAGGCGGGGCUGGACCCGCAGGACCCCGCCGACGGCGACGGCAACGCGGCCGCCACUGAGCCGCCCGGCCCCGCCGGCCCCGGGGCCGCCCCGGAGGAGCAGGAGGAGCAGGAGGAGGAAGAGGAGGAGCAGGAGGAGGCCGCGUGGCCGGACACGUGGGCCGCAGGGGAGCCGGACGCGCCCCCCGCGCCCCCCGCGCGCGCCGAUGCCCGGGCAUCGGGGGCGGCGGAAGCGGAGGCCGCGGAGGCCGGGGCGGCGGCCGAGCUGCGGGCCGAGCUGGCGCGGGCGGCCGGGCGGCAGGAGGAGAAGCAGGUGCUGCUGCAGGCGGACUGGACGCUGCUGUGCCUGCGCUGCCGCGAGGCCUUCGCCACGAAGGGCGAGCUGAAGGCGCACCCGUGCCUGCGCCCCGAGGGCGAGCAGGAGGGCGAGGGCGCGGGGGGCCCGCCGCCGCGCCCCAAGCGCCACCAGUGCCCCGUCUGCCUCAAGGCCUUCGCCAGGCCCUGGUCGCUGUCCCGCCACCGCCUGGUGCACUCCACCGACCGCCCCUUCGUGUGCCCGGACUGCGGCCUGGCCUUCCGCCUGGCCUCCUACCUCCGCCAGCACCGCCGCGUGCACGGCGCGCUCAGCCUGCUCGCCCCGCUGCCCCCGCGCAGGGACGACCGGGCGGCGGGCGCACGGACCUCGGGGAAGGGGCCCGAUGGCGGCGAGGGCCAGGCCGGCCCCGAGGGGGCGGGAGAAGGCGGCGGCGGCGGGCAGAACGGGGGCGAUGCGGCCCCAGGGACCCGGCCUCCCGCCGCCGCCGGGGAGCCCCGCUUCUGGUGCCCGGAGUGCGGCAAGGGCUUCCGGCGCCGCGCGCACCUGCGGCAGCACGGGGUCACCCACUCCGGGGCGCGCCCCUUCCAGUGCGUGCGCUGCCAGCGCGAGUUCAAGCGCCUGGCCGACCUGGCGCGCCACGCGCAGGUGCACGCGGGCGGCCCGGCCCCGCACCCCUGCCCGCACUGCCCGCGCCGCUUCUCGCGCGCCUACAGCCUCCUGCGCCACCAGCGCUGCCACCGCGCCGAGCUGGAGCGCGCGGCCGCGCUGCAGGCGCUGCAGGCCCAGGCCCCGCCGUCCCCGCCCGCGCCCUCGGGGCCCGGCGGCGAGGAGGGGCUGCCUCUGCCCCUCGCCCGCAUCAAGGAGGAGCCGCCCUCCCCGGGGAGCCCGCCCCGGUCCCCCCCGGCGCCCCCCGUCUUCCUCAGCGCCUCCUGCUUCGACAGCCAGGACCACUCGGCCUUUGAGGAGCUGGAGGAGGACGAGACGGACAGCAAGGCUCUCCUGCGCGGGGGCUUGGGCGGCCUGGCCUCCUGA